AUGAUAACUUUAUCCCCAUCACCCACUCUAUAUGCUAGGGCGGAUGAGACUUCGACCACGACUUCCAGCGGAAGUAGGACGACCACUCCGGAUUGUUCCAAUCACAGAUGUGAUAAACCCUCUAACAUGAGCAGCGCUGCCAUAGCGGUGGCUGUUGUUGUUCCUGUUAUUGUUGUUGCUAUAGUUCUAGGAAGCUUGUUCUAUUGGAAUUAUCGCAAGAAUAAGCAAGAAGCCCUAGAUGAUGACAAUCCAGAUUUCAACGCUGAUAACACUAUUUUGCCAGACUUCCAUUACCCGGGUGAUGUGAUGAAGAACAAGACUGAUAUGAACCCUUUUGAGGAUGAAUCCUUAAGAUAUCCAAAUCACAUGGACUCUUUCAUACUUCCUUAUUCAACUGAGACUCAGUCGAAAAGAUCCUUGGACUCAUAUUCCAAGAACUUGGGAGAUUAUCCUGCUUACAGACAAGCUACUCCUAGUUCUUCCACAAACCCCAUGAACAAUGGUUUAAAAUCCGAGAUAUCUUUGACAACGUUUACGACUGGACCGUCUAUGGACAAGUUGGCUUCCUCCACUACCGGAAUCCGAUCUCCUGUGUCUAAAAUUGCUAGAGAGUCUACCAGAACAUCUCCAGUGAGAAGUCUAAGAAGUUUGGGAAUCAGUCUGGUUGACGAGAAUUUCAGUAAAAGUCCAGUUCGUUCGCAUGAGCCUGAACAAGCUUUUGAUGAUGGAACUAAACAAGGAUCAACUUAUACCGUUCCCAAUGACAGUCACCAGGAAGGCCCUGAUGAUGAACAACAGGUGGAAAACACUUUUCAAAAUAAUGAUUACUCUGGGGCUCAGCUUUACGACCAUGAGACUGGAAUUUCUGACAACGAGACCCAACACGUAGAAGAUGAAGAAUUAUCCGAACAUCUUACUAAAGAAGGCAUACCUAUGGUUCCUAUAAUACCUCAGCUACCCCAGAAUUCUGAUGAUGAGUACAACAACGAUGAGUUUGAAAACAAUAAUGCAGAUUACCUACAACCUCAAGCGCAUGAAGACAUUAAUUCUGAAAAUGAUGAUCUGACUGCAGAAGAGGCUGAGCAGAUUAGAAGAAUGAAAUCGGUUUACAACACUUACUUAAAAAGAGACCCCACAAUGACCCAUAAGAAAUUACCAAUAGAAAGAAACUCUGUCGCAUCUUCCAUUUAUCCAGCAAAUUCCACAGCAGCACCAGCAGAACAAUAUUUCCCGCACCAACAAUUCAAUUUUGUUCCUCAAGCUCCUGCUCAAAGUCAACGGCCGUUAGGGACCAAGAAACUCAACAAGCUGAAAAAUCUUCCCUCUCCUCAUGAAUUCAAUAAGAACAGACCAUUUUCAACUGCUCAAGACCUGACUGAGUUUCAACCUCAAAGGAAGUUUUCCGUUGAGAAACAGGAGAAUCCUGUUGCCGUUCCUUACAAUCAUAUGGACGCUUGGAACGACAUGAGAGACGGUGCUUCAGCUCCACAUCAACUAAGGCAGUCCAUUGUAAUGCUCAACCCCGUAGAAAUUCAACGAAAAGAAGUGCACAAACCUGCCGGUGGACUAAGAUCCUGGAAAGAAGGCUCUACAACCGGAUCCAACCCUGGAUCUCCAAUUAUUUAA